AUGGCUCGCAAGUUCUUUGUCGGCGGCAACUUCAAGAUGAACGGGACUGUCUCGUCCAUCAAGGAGAUUGUCAAGAACCUGAACGAGGCCACUCUCGAUGCUGAAGUCGAGGUCGUUGUUUCUCCUCCUGCCCUAUAUCUCCAGCUCGUCCGUGACAGCAUCCGCUCUGGCAUCGAGGUUGCCGCUCAAAACGUCUUCGACAAGCCCUGCGGUGCCUUCACCGGCGAAAUAUCUGUCUCCCAGCUCAAGGACAGCAAGAUCAACUGGGUCAUCCUGGGCCAUUCUGAACGCCGCACCAUUCUCAAGGAGUCUGACGAGGUGGUCGCUUCCAAGACCAAGUACGCCACCGAGAACGGCGUCGGCGUCAUCUGGUGCUGCGGUGAGAGCCUCGAGGAGCGUGAGGCUGGCAAGACCAUUGAGGUUGUGAGCAAGCAGCUCGAGGCUCUCAAGGCUCAGAUCAACGACUGGUCCAAGAUUGUCAUUGCCUACGAGCCUAUUUGGGCUAUUGGCACUGGCAAGGUUGCUACCACUGAGCAGGCUCAGGCAGUGCACAAGGCCAUUCGUGACUGGCUCAAGAAUGUCAGUGACAAGGUGGCUGAGGAGACUCGCAUUCUCUAUGGCGGCAGCGUCAAUGAGAAGAACUGCGCUGAGCUGGGCAAGCAGCCUGAUAUUGAUGGUUUCUUGGUUGGUGGUGCUUCACUCAAACCUGCCUUCAUCGACAUUAUCAACUGCAAGAGGCAGUGA